AUGGAAUACUCCAAGCAGGAACUUGAGUAUCCACAGAAGCUGCUGGAUUAUAUGGAUGGAUUUCUUAUAUCCAAGACAAUGUUUGCUGCCUGCGAAUUGGGAGUAUUUGACCUUCUGCAGGAAGACGCUGUCCCACUCUCUUCUAGUGCCAUUGCCGAACGUCUUAACACCAGUGCUGAUGGCAUGGAAAGACUACUCUCUGCAUGUGUCGGACUCCAGUUGCUGGAUGUCAAGGAGCAUCAAGGUGAAGCCUUGUACAGUAAUACAGAUUUGUCCAGAAUCUACCUGACGAAGACGAGUCCCAAGACACUACAUUAUUCAAUGGCAUACUAUUCACAAACCAUUUACCAUUGUUUUUCCUACAUUACUGAUGCAAUAAGGGAAGGGAAAAGCCAAUAUAAACGAGCAUUUGGAAUCUCUUCAACUGAAAUCUUUGAGGCUCUCUACAGGUCUGAAGAGGAGACGCUGAAGUUUAUGCAGCUGAUGAACUCAACCUGGAACAUUUGUGGGAAGGAUGUGGUAACUGCAUUUGAUCUUUCAGCUUUUACCAGCAUUUUUGAUCUUGGAGGGUGCACUGGUGCGUUGGCAAAGGAAUGCAUCUCCACAUACCCACAGGCAAAAGUUACUAUCUACGACCUUCCAAAAGUCUUGGAAAUGGCAGGGAAACACUUUGUGUCCCAAGAGGAAAAACAGAUUCUAUUCCAUGAAGGAGACUUCUUCAAAGACCCCAUACCUGAAACAGACCUUUAUAUUUUGGCUAGAAUACUUCAUGACUGGACUCAAGAUAAAUGCCUGGAACUGCUCACCAAAGUCAACAAAGCCUGCAAACCAGGUAGCGGAGUGCUGGUGAUUGAAGCCUUAUUGAACGAGGAUCGGAGUGGUCCCAUCACCACUCAGCUGUACUCCCUCAACAUGCUGGUACAGACGGAGGGCAAGGAACGAACGGCCUCAGAAUAUGUCGGCCUUCUGGAGUCUGCCGGAUUCAAGGAUGUGCAAGUCCGAAGAACAGGGAAAAUUUAUGAUGCCAUCCUGGGAAGAAAGUAA